AUGCAGCUGGUCUGGAUCAAACUCGUCCGUUCCCUUGUAGACGUUGCCGAUGCUGAACUUGAUUCGACCGUAUGGCAUCUCAACAAACCGAGACGCCUCUGCGAAGAUGCCCCGGGUCUGAACCACCGGGUGCCAUUUAUCGUCGGUGCUCGCGCCUCCGAUGAUCUUCAACAGCUUCUCGAAUUCAGCGGAACUCUGCUUAUGAUUGCAAAUGACGUGGUGCUGUGUUUAAUGAUAGGCGACCCCUUACUCCAUGAACCGGUCAAAGGUAUUGGCUGUGGCAAGGAUCCAGAUGUGCUGAAUGAUCAGCUGUCCGAGCUGAUGCACAGGUCUGAUGACCUGCAGGGCCACAUUGAUGGAGAAGGGCAGUUCGACCAUGACGAUGUCGGAACACUCGAUGUUCAUGUUGAGGCUAUUUUAGGUGGCAAAUGUCACACUCAUGACCUGGGAUGGCUGGCUGGCAUCGUUGAACUUGGCAGAGAGCUCAGCCGGUUCGAUCAUGUUCAUGCCCGCGCGAAAGCUCAGGAAGCCCUCGACGUGGAAUUGUACCAUUGGGGACGGAGAAAAGAUUAUGAGUUUUAG